AAAGAACAAUACAAUACUGUACCUCGUUGCCAUGACAAGCUAUGACCUUGGCUGGGCACGAAGGACUGAUGAGUUGUGGUGGCCCGUGUAUGUGUGCAACGUCCAACCUCUUCGUAAAGGCGCUUUUCACUAUCUGCAGAUCGAGCACCAACCGGCAGUGAAAUUGGCACACAAGUUUAAUGGCGUGCUUGUGUACUACUUGGGGAUAUACACAUUUUCAGCACAGACAAAAGUGGACGUGAAGCGAUGGAGUUGCAACGAACGCCAUUUGUUCAGUCAACAGGAGGCCAUUGCGGAUGAUGCUGACAUGCUCACACAAUUCACAACAGCCAUGGCAGAAGCCAAGGUCUUUGAGGACCAAGGCACCCUUCCGUUCUUAACACCAUCGGACCUCCGCAGUAGCUUGACACCUCCACCGUGGCCCAAGGAUAUCAUGCCAGGAACGAUCACGUGGAUGAGCCAUGCAUCAAAGUCAUGGGCGCCAGCCUAUGUGUUUGAUCCUGGUCACUUGCGUGCCAACCAUAAUGUAGCCACCCGUCACGAGAAGAAACAGUUGCUUCAAGCUAGCAAUCCUAACACGUACUAUCUCGUCUACAAUUUUGGAGAUUGCCAAAUCUCGCUGUGGAAGCGCGGCAACGCCAAGAUGCUGCCGUGGGGCUGCCCUGAACACGAUAAGUUCCUCUUGGGCGUGCCGAGGAAGCACCCCAACGAGUACCUAUCAAAAGCCAUGAAACGGCUCGAGGACUUUCUUUUGGCGAAACAGAACCAGAAAAAGCUCACGAUCAAAAAUGCCUACGUCGUCCAGGUCUCCUGGGCCAACCCGAGCAAAAACGAACUGGAUCCCAACAACGACGACAUCGCUAUUAGUACCGUGGACGACACGAUGGCAAGCAGUGGCAAGGAUAUGUCGACUCUUUGUGUGCGAAAGCGCAAAGCUGUCGAGGAAGCACCACCUGCGAUGGUCAUGUACUCCAAGAAAACCCACUUGGCAACUGUCAUGGGCACGUCCAAACGACCUGCAAUUGGUCCCCAGCCAACAGCAUCGCUUCCCCCUCCUGUUCCGCCGCUUUUCCGCAAUGGGGUGGCUUGGGCCCACGUCCGAGGCCAACUGUGGUGGCCAGUGUAUAUUUGCAACCCACACCUGUGGUCUCCACAGCCAGACUCGCCUACCUUGACGUAUGACGUGUACUCGUUUGGGUACCACACGAUGAGGAGUCGUGCGUUUACAUUGGCGCAGCUACGGCCAUGGAAGUGUCCUGAAGCACCAAGGCUCCGUGAAACCAUCUUCACGGCGCUUGACCAGAGCAAAGUGUCGGACCAAGAAACACUGGGGAACGCCCUCGUGGAAGCCGACAAUUAUUACGUUGAGUACGAGCAGAUUCAGAGCUCUACGGAUCUCGAGAGUAAACUUGCACGCCUAAAGUGCAAUACGCUCGCUGCCUCCGCCGCCUGGUGUUGUAGCUAGCUUCUAGCAUUGAAACCAGUGUAGUACAGCCACACUAGAUUAAUACCGACAGAUUAAUAUAAUAUCAGC